CUCACCACCGCCACCCACCGCCCAUCGCCAUGUCUGCCGCCGUCGACACCCCCAAGCCCGCCGACCAGCCAGAGCUGGCCGGCACCACGGAGCCUGCCCCCGCCCCGGUCCUGGCUGCCGACAACGCUGCUGCCCCCGUAGAGGAGCCCAAGCAAGACGACGCUCCCAAGGCCGAGGCCGAGGCUGCUGCUGAGGAGGCCAAGGAGGAGGCCAAGGCUGAAGAAGCCAAGGACGAGCCCAAGGAGGACAAGGUCGUCGAGCCCAUCUACAGCGGCGCGCUCGGCUACAAGGCGCCUGGUCUGAAGAACGCCUUCCGCUUUGCCAAGAAGUACUUCUGGUUUGGCGAGGAGCCCGUUCCUGCUGAGAACCUGGGCGAGUACCUCCGCGGCGAGAAGCCCGAGGUUGCUCACCCCACCGUCGCCUGGUCCAGCCAGACUGGAAAGGGGCUGCUUUUCUUCGUCAAGCACGCCGACAAGAAGGACCACCCCGCCGGCGUCCUCAACCUGGCCUACGCGACCGACCUCGCCAAGGACGGUGCUGUUGCUUUUGCUUUCAAGCUCUCGGGCCACAAGCACACGUUCGAGGCCUCGACUGCUGCUGAGCGCGACGGAUGGUUCGUCGCCGUCGAGAAGGCCAUCACCGAGGCCAAGGCAUCCAAGGACGGAGUCGAGUCGAGCGAGGGUUACAAGGAGGCCAAGGAGAAGAUUGGCAAGCCCACCACGCUAGCGGGCGCUACCGCCCCCAAGCUCGCCGAGGGAGAGACUGCCGGCGAGUCUUCGACCGCCCCAGUCCGCACUGGAUCUUCGUCCAGCUCGUCUUCGGAUGAGGCCAAGGCAAAGAAGGCCAGCAAGAGCAAGUCGCGCUCCGUGUCGCGCGGCAAGCGCACGAGCCUGCUCGGAGGAUUACUCGGCAAGAAGGACAAGGAGCACAAGGGCGAGAGCGAGGCCGUCAAGGAGGAGCCUGAGCACAAGACCGAGGAGCCCGCUGCCACUGCUCCCCACCUCGACGAGAUCCCCACGACUGCUCCCGUUGAUGCCAACGACGUUGUGAAGCCGGCUGAGGAGUCGACCGCCGAGCCUGCUGCCGCUGCCGCCGCUCCCGUCGAGGAGGCUCCCAAGGCCGAGGAGACUGCCGUCCCUGCUGUCGCUGCCGAGAAGCCCAAGCCCACUAAGCGUGCCUCCAUCUUCGGCACCUUUGUUGAGAAGCUCAAGUCGCCCACGACGGAGAAGAAGGAGGCUGAUGCUGGCCUCGCCGCCACUCCUGUCAAAGAGACUGAGACGGCUGCUGAGCCGACCGAGGAGGCGGCUGCGGCUCCCUCUGCCAACGAGGCUGCGGCUGCUGAGCUGAACAAGGACGAGACCAAGCCCGCCGUUGCCACCAGCACUCCCUCCAAGGAGAAGGAGCACUUUAGCUUCGGCAAGCUUUUCGGUUCCAAGGACCGCGCCAAGUCGCCCGCUGCUCAGGACAAGGUCCCUGAGGCCAAGACGGAUGCUGCUCCUCAGAUUGAGGACAAGGCCGCCGAGGCUCCUGCUGCUGCUGCUGCUGCUGCCGCCGCCGACGUGCCUGAGGCGACUCCGGCCGUCGAGGCCAAGGCCGAGACUGAGGAGCCCAAGCAGGACAAGCGAAAGUCCUUCUUUGGCAACCUCGGCCGCUCUCUCAGCAAGGCGGCUGGCAACAAGAACCAGGGCAACAAGGAGAAGAAGGAGGCUGCCGCUGCCCCCGCGCCCGCUCCGGUUGUUGAGGAGGAGGCUGCUCCGGCGGCCGCGCCCGUUGCCGAGGAGGCCAAGGAAGAGAUGCCCGUGCCCGCUGCUGCCGUUGCAGAUGUCCCCGCUGAGAACAGUGUGGGCGAUGCUUCGAAAAGCGCCAACCCGACUGUCGCUACAACUGCGUGAAGUGUGGUGGGAGGAUGUCAGCCUCUGCAACGACAGCCAUGACGGAAUGACGGAAAAGCAAAGACACCGUACAUCCCUUGUUUGACCGUACGGCCAACACCGAUACCCCCCGGGUGCACGUCUGCUCUUGACGAGAUUGCAGAGGUGCACUUGGACUCUUUAUUUUCUUUGUUCUAGUCGCCUGCCUGCGUUUUCAUUGCAUUUGGACCAACUCCUCGUCGCUCUCUACCCCGUGGAUCACCAUGUGUGUGGCAUUGACAUGUAGGAGGCGUCCAUUUCUUGGCUGUUCUGUGCUUCAUGCCCACUGCUUGUUUAGACUGAUACCACUGUACCUGUUUCUCUCCUUUUUCUCUUUUGAUACCAUUUGCUGAUUUUAUCGCGCAAUACCCCGGAUACCCUCUGCGUACAGCCUUGUCGGGCGUACACAAGCGGCCACUAGGGCACACAUCGACGUACUAAUACCUAAUACACUGUCGUUUGCU